ACUCACCACCGCAACAUGCAUGCAACUCUCCAUAGGCAGCUCACAUCACAAGCUUCCACGUUCACCUGGACGCUUCCAGAAUUCAUUGAGACUGACCACCUCGCCCUCCAUCAUCUUCAUUCAUCAAAGCUAAUAGGAUUCUGAGCUCGAUCUGACUUCGACAAGACUUGGCUUGCCUAUCCAAGAGCGAGCAUCAAGUGCGCAAUCCUCUGCAAGCCUCGACCUUACCCCACGUUGCUGCUACCAGCAAGCUCCUACCCGGUAGCCCAGUCUCUAUAACUUCUCCUCCUUCAAGCUUUGCUCAUUUGCAGUCGCUUUUGAUUCACGAUGAGCGGAGCACAGAGCAUUGUGGUGGGCGAGGAUGCCCUCGCGCCAACGCUUCAAAAUAUUCUGGAUCAAAAGACGCUCAAGUGGAUCUUUUGCGGUGGAAAAGGCGGAGUGGGCAAGACGACGACAUCUUGCAGUCUCGCUGUGCAGCUGGCCAAAGUCAGAGAGAGCGUGCUGCUCAUCUCUACCGAUCCCGCACACAACUUGUCCGAUGCUUUUGGUCAAAAGUUUGGCAAAGAAGCUACCAAGGUCAAGGGUUUUGAGAAUUUGAGCGCCAUGGAAAUCGACCCUGCUAGCAGCAUCCAGGAGAUGAUCGAGCAGUCCGAUUCGCAAGGAGGCGCGAUGGGAUCGAUGAUGCAGGAUCUGGCAUUUGCCAUCCCAGGUGUCGAUGAAGCAAUGGGCUUCGCCGAAAUCAUGAAGCACGUGAAGGGCAUGGAGUACAGCGUCAUCGUCUUCGACACCGCGCCCACAGGUCACACUUUGCGAUUUCUUAGCUUCCCUACCGUUCUGGAAAAGGCUCUAGCGAAGUUCUCUACCUUGGGAAGAAGUCUCGGCCCAAUGUUCAACCAGAUGACCAGCAUGAUGGGCGGUGGUGGUGCGGAUCAGCAGGACAUGUUCGCCAAGCUCGAAUCUAUGCGCGCAGUCAUCAACGAGGUCAAUACGCAGUUCAAAGAUCCCGAAAAAACAACCUUCGUCUGCGUUUGCAUUGCGGAGUUCUUGAGUCUGUACGAGACGGAAAGAUUGGUUCAGGAAUUGACGCAGUACGAGAUCGACACGCACACCAUCGUCUGCAAUCAGCUGCUCUUUCCAAAGAAAGACUCUAAUUGCGAUCACUGUCGCGUGAGAAAGGCCAUGCAAGAAAAGUACAUUGCAGAGAUGAUGGACUUGUACGCAGAAGAUUUCCACAUUGUCCGGUGUCCACUCUUGACAGAAGAGGUCAGAGGUGUGGACAAGAUCAAAAGCUUUAGCAAAUUUUUGGUGGAGCCAUACCAGCCCCCUCAAGAAUAAGCAGUGAACACUGCCCUGCAGCGGCCCCGCUUGUUUCGCACAGUUAAGCUUUCAAUGCAUUCUGUCACCAGCUUAGACACGGUCAUCGUAAGCAUUUCUCGA